GCAGCCUGUCAGGAGGAGGAGGAACCGAGGAGAUCUGACACCGAGCACAGAGCCAUAUCUGUCCGCCGGAGCCGCACACGGAGCGCCGCCACCGCGGGGGACAGGAGGGCUUAUCCGGGGAGGAAUUUCACGAUCUCCGGCCCGAUGGGACCGCCGGCGCUCUGAGGAAGAGCGGAGGACAAAAGGAGGCGGGGGGUUUGGAAGGACGGAUUUGGAGGAUCGGUUGGGGGCGCAUGCUCCCCCUGCGGCCCGCCCCUCCUUCAUCAUCAUCAUCCUCCUUCCUGCUGCUCUCUGCUUCACUGUCAGGCAGACAAAAGGCCCAGAAUGUGCAGUGAGGGCGGUGUGGGCUGGCUGACGGGGGUCAGAGGUCACAGCGGGACUCUGCCCAGGACUAGAUUCUGGCUGCUGGUGCUGCUGCUCGCCGCCGCGGGCUGGACGCCGCGUGCGGCCCGCGCCGAGCUGGAGCUGGACAUGCUGGGAGGACUGGUGCUGCUGGAGGCGGGCGGAGACGGCGAGGAGCUGGGCGCCGACCUGGAGGCCUCCAUGCACUCCUCGCUGCUGCAGGACUUCCAGGAAGCGAUGGACAGCCGGCGGGCCGUGGAGUCUGGCAGCGUGGCGGCGAGCCGGCAGGAAGCCGCCGCGCCCGCAGCUUUCCCAGACUCCUCGGCGGCGGUGGGCCGCGUUUUCCAGAUCAAGGUGCCAAACAAGAUGGAGGAUGUUCACCUGGGAGACAUCGUCAAGGUGUCAGAGGUGGGGAAGGACUCGCUGCCCGCCUGGCUGCACUGGGACGGUGGCAGCAGCAUCCUGCGGGGGAUCCCUCUGGAGGAGGAUAAAGGAGUCCACUACAUUUCUGUGACCAUCUCCAACCACACUUCCUCUUCCUCAGAGGAGUUUUCCAUCGAGGUUCACCCGGAUGACCACUUUGAUGGCGAUUCGUCGGCGCCGCUGUCCGGCCCGGCGGCGGCGGAGGAUCCCGUCCAGCCCUUCGUGUGUAGCAACGAGGAGCCGGUCACGGUGCUGACGGUGAUUCUGGACGCCGAUCUGACGAAGAUGAGCUCGGCGCAGCGGGUGGAGCUGCUGGACAGGAUGAGGAGCUUCUCAGGCGUGGAGCUGCAGGGCAUGAAGAUGCUGGCAGUGGUCAACAACCGGCUGUUUGACAUGUCGGCCUUCAUGGCCGGCCCAGGAAACGCCAAGAAGGUGGUGGAGAACGGAGCUCUUCUGUCAUGGAAGCUGGGCUGCUUCCUGGACCGGACCACCGUUCCAGACAUCAACAGCGUCCAGGGUCCAGCUAAAGACGGAUCCAUGUCUGCCAGGCUGGGGUACCCCGUGGUGGGAUGGCACAUCGCCAACAAGAAGCCACAAGUCCCAAAGCGAGUGAGAAGGCAGCUGAACAACACUCCGACGCCCGUCCUGGCCGUUCUUCCUCCAACCACGGUGGCUGAACCUCCGGUCAGGAUCGUCCCAACCCUCUCCUCUCCCUCCAUCGCUGCGCCCACAGAAAGUUCUGCCCCUCCGGUUUGGGGCCCUGUGCCUCUGCCAGGAAAGCCUACGAUCAGAAUCCGUGACCCCAUCGCCCACACCCCGACCCUGGGCCCGCCUCAGCCGACCAAGGUCGUCGUGACCACCAGCACCGUUUCCGUUCAGCCGUCCAUGUCCAGGAAGAUCCCAGUAGAGGCCACCGCCACGCCCACCAUCCCACCCAAAAAACCACCCAGGAAACCACCCAGCACCACCCCAAAGACCCCCUCACCCAAGGCCCCCACAGCCAGCACACCGUCAUCUGGUGUCAUCGACGACCCAAACAACAAGAAGCCGGUGCUGAGGAACCCCAUUGAUCAGGUCGUUGCUCUGGUGGGAACGUACUUCGAGGUUAAAAUCCCUUCUGAUACCUUCUUUGACAAAGAGGACGGAACCACAGACAAGCUCCGCCUGUCUCUGAAACAGAACCACAAGGAUGUGGUUGGAGAGGAGUCCUGGAUCCAGUUCAACACCACCAGCCAGCUGCUGUACGGCCUGCCGGAUGUUCAGCACAUCGGGAAGCACGAGUACUUCAUGCAGGCAACCGACAAAGGAGGCCGCAACGCCAUCGACGCGUUUGAAGUCAAAGUAAACCGCUGGCCUGCCAAUGACAAAACGCCGGUCAUUUUCACGGCCCGCUUUGAAGGAGAGCCACGGUUAAUCACCAACAACAUCCACAAGAAGAUCCUGCUGGUCAAGAAGCUGGCGUACGUCCUGGGCGACCGCAACAGCAGCACAGUGAGCCUCAGGAACAUCAGCAAAGGCUCGAUCGUGGUGGAAUGGACGAACACCAGCCUGCCGCAGCACCCGUGUCCCAAGGAGCAGCUCAGGAACAUGAGCAGGACGCUCGGAGACGCCAACGGAAGACCCUCACAGAAGUUCAAGGACUACAUGGGGCCGGACUUCAGUCCGCAGGAUGUGAAGGUGCGGGGCAGAGCCAGCUGCCGGAUGCACUCCUUCAUCCCGCCAGCAGAGGUCAGCAUCCCAGUACCUUCCACAGUCACUCCAGGCCUGGGGUCGAGCCGCCACAGCACCGAUGACGUUUACCUUCACACAGUGAUCCCUGCUGUGGUGGUGGCGGCCAUUCUGCUCAUCGCAGGGAUCAUCGCCAUGAUCUGCUACAGGAAGAAGCGGCGAGGCAAGCUGACCAUUGAAGAUCAGGCAACCUUCAUCAAAAAGGGCGUGCCUAUCAUCUUCGCCGAUGAGCUGGACGACUCCAAGCCGCCCCCCUCCUCCAGCAUGCCGCUGAUUCUCCAGGAAGAGAAGCCGCCGCUGCCGCCCCCCGAGUACCCCAACAUGGCCAGCCCAGAGACCACGCCCCUCAACCAGGAGAUGCUGGGGGAGUACACCGCCCUGCGUGACGAAGACCCCAACGCACCCCCCUACCAGCCGCCUCCUCCCUUCACGACUCCCCAGGAGGGGAAGGGCUCCCGUCCAAAGAACAUGACUCCGUACAGGUCGCCGCCCCCCUACGUGCCGCCAUAAGGCCCGGCUACCCUCCCCUCACGGCGGAGGGAGGCUCCAGGAACUGCGCUGGUUUCUGCUGUUUCUGUCUGGACUUUUAUAGGAAGUGAUGUCAAGAGGUGCUAAAGUUCCAAAUCAACGGAGGCGAUGGACUGGGUGGGGUUUGGAACGGCUUUGAGGGACUACUGGUUCUGCGGUAGCCGCCGCGUUCUGAUCCCAGCGGGCCGCUGGCUCAACCCAGAGGAAACCACCGGGAGACCUGCUCUCCCUCUCAGCAUUUCAGCUUUUUCUACAUUUGAGAACAGGAUUUGACUUUUCUUCUUUUUCCCGGUAACUUUUAUUUUUCACUGGACUGAAGCGUUGCCUAACAGCCGUUGUUGUGUCCUGCUAGCGUCACCAGACACACGCACGUCUUCUGAAAGCAUCAGAUCCUCGACCCAACCCCAAGCUCUCCGAUCGAAGGGAGGGCGAGGUGUGUGUGUGUGUGUGUGUGCGAAUGAGUGUGUGUGUUUAUUGGGAUUCAUAACGGUUUGCCUUUUAACUCGGUUUGUCUGUUUUUAUCCUUAUUCACAAAGUCUAGCUGAGAAUAACAAGGUAGAGAUGAAUAAUUGUUUGUUUUGUUGGUUUUAAGUUCACUGUUUGUCUGGAAGAUUUUUUAUUUGGGGGAGCGAAGUGGGAGAGAAAGAAUUAUCUUCCAAAAUAUUAACAGCUGAUUUUUUUAUUCCUGUUUUCCUACGAGACAAAUCAGCCACAACUUUCAGUCCGGUCCUCUGAGACGAGAGAAACCAGGCAGUAAGAUCAACGACUGGAAUCCUGUGGGAACUGGUGGGAACUGGUGGGAACUGGUGGGAACUGGCCCCAAUCAUCGACCAUCCAAACAGUUUGGACAUCAAAAAACCCAAAUAUGUGACAGAAAACAGGUGUAAAUGUUUUGUUCAUCAUGUCGGUAUUUAAAUAAUCCAGUUUGGACAGAAGGCCGUCCACAUGCUGCCUGAUGGGUUACAGGCGGUAACCAGAGCAACUGACAGCGACUCACAAACAGAACCGACCUCAUGGUGAGGAGGUCGGGUUUACCUUCUCUGAUGUCACAUCCUGCAGCCAAUCAGCUUCACCGUGACCCCAGCGUGACCCUGAUGGCUCCAUCGGGCACCGGUCAUCUACUGGGCAUGCUCUGUAUGUGCUGACCCACUGUCGGACGCUCUGGUAACCGCCUGAUGACCCAGAUUACUCCCUCUGGUGUUCAGGCUGCAUGUGGAGCAGGUGUAUUCCUCCGUGACCUGUACUGGUUAAACUGGUAUUCCACAGGAUUCCAGCUCCGCCUCUUUUCUCUCCGGUAAAACGGGACAAGAAACCCGGAAACUUUAAACCAGGGAUCGUUUUAUUUGAUUUGAUUUGAUUUUUUUCUACGUGACGCUGGGACUCUCCCAGAAGUGAAGUUUUGUUUUCCUGAUUUUUCCAGAUUCAGGAAAACAAAAACAUUGAAUUUCCAACCAGUUUCUCCCGGAAAACCUUUUUUUUUUUUUUUACUUUUUGAUACAGCCUCAAAUUGUUUAUUAAAAUGAUCUGAAUUGAUGAUUAGUCUUCUGUGAUUUGUUAAAGUUUAGCUUCGUUCACUCUUGGGUCACGUUUGGAUUAUUUUGGUGUGUUGGCGUCCCCGACGCGGCGCAGAGACCCGGAAGUCGUUUUAUUUCCAUCCUUUGCCUGAGUUGAGCAGGAAGUGACCCUUUGCAAUAAAAGCGUGCGGCGCGGCCGCUCCGUGCAGCCUCACGCGUGUGACUCAUUCUGUCAUGAUGUUGGUUUUCGCAGGAUGCCAAGGCUUUUUUUGCUUAUCCAGUGUGCAUUGUAAUAAUAAAACCAACUGGUACCUUAAUCAAACCGA